CCCACCCAAGCCAGUCCCAGAAUGGCGUGGUUUGCGCUUUCGUUGCCCUGCCUGUGACUUGUCCAAUUUAGCCAGCGUUGGGUGUCUUGCGAGGCCCCAUCACGCCCAACCGUGUGUUUCAACAAUUACCAGUGUCCGCCGUUAUUACAACAAAUUCCCAAUAAACAACAGUGUGGCAUACGCCGGAUAGAUCAAGUAGGCAGCGAAACCAUAUCGAUUUCGUGUGGCACAGCCCGGUUCACAGCGCACAACACGGCUACAGUGGUUCAACAAUGAACGUAUUUAUUCCGAUGGACUGCAAUAAUGACUACUGAAGUGAACCAGAACCUAAAAACGGAAUACGUUCAGAACUCUGCACAGGAAAACAAGCCCACCCCCUCGCCGCUCGCGCUGCUGGCCGCGACCUGCAGCAGGAUCGGACCCACCUCGAGCGAACCGACGCCUCCCACAAUCACCAUGUCCACAACGCCUACCCCCGUCAAGAACGUGCCCGUGGCCAAUCCCCAGGUGGUCAGCGUGCCCGUUGGCCUGCAGCAGCAGAUCUCCCAGCAGCUGCUCCAGCAGCAGGGCGCGCAGAUCGUCAGCGCCGCCGCGGCGGGACAGAACCUGGCCUACAAUGUGAUGCAGCCGAUGCAGACGGUGACGGUGGAUGGACAAGAGGCGCUUUUCAUUCCGGCUAUGUCGCUCGCAGGCGGACAACAGCCCCAACAAAUCUUCAGCCCUGGUCAGAUAAUCCGAGCACCAGGAGUUCUUCCCGGAAACCUUCAGACAGUACAACUUUCAAAUGGCCAAAGCGUGGCCGUUCGCCCCACAAUGCCGCAAGUUGUUCAGUUUCCAAUGCAGCAAACCAUCCCCAUCCAAGUCCCAAUUUCGUCAGGAAACGGUCAAACGAUUUACCAAACUAUUCAUUUCCCUGUCCAGUUGGCAACCGCGGCAGUGCCUAACAUCAUUCAAGCUCAACACAUCAUGCCACAAGUUGCCAGUAUCAUCACACCCAGUGGACAAUUGCAGCAAGUUCAAAUUGCCACAUCAGUAGCGGCGCCUGCUCAAACACCAACGUCUGUUUCACAAAGUGCCACUGUUCAGUCUGACAUAACGACGCCACUGACUUUCACGGGGGCCAACGGACAGCAGUUUACCGUUAUACCAGCCACCAACUUGCAACAGGUCAGGGGGACCAACAUUAUUCAAGUUCCUAACAUUCAAGCGAUACCAACGGUGCAGAAUAUACCCGGGCUAGGAAAUGUCCAAGUGAUCACUCAACCCGCCGCCGCAUCCCAAAUCGCAGUAGGGCAACACAUCCAACAGGACCCCAACGACCCUAAUAAAUGGCAAGUCAUCCCAAACGUCACGACAACUCAGCAAGCUGCAGCCCCACUCACACCGGGAGUAGUAGUGACCGCCACACCGCCAGAAGUUAACAACGCCACACCGAUCGGCGACAAUACUCAAGACGGUUUACAGAAGCAAAGAGUUCGAAGGGUGGCGUGUACCUGUCCCAACUGUCAAGAAGGAGAAAGGCACGCUGACAGAAAAAAGCAACAUAUAUGUCACAUUCCGGGGUGUAAUAAAGUGUACGGAAAAACGUCACAUUUACGUGCGCAUCUGAGGUGGCAUACUGGUGAGAGACCAUUUGUGUGUAGUUGGUUGUUCUGUGGUAAAAGGUUCACGAGGUCUGAUGAAUUACAAAGGCACCGAAGGACACACACUGGUGAAAAAAGGUUCCAAUGUAAUGAGUGUAGUAAGAAGUUUAUGAGGUCUGAUCAUCUGUCGAAGCAUUUGAAAACUCAUCAAAAGCAACGAAUAACGCGAAUAAACGGGGACGACAUUGAUGAAGUCACUGAAGAUAAAGAUGAAUGGGACGGAGAAGGAGACGAUCAAGCAAAACCCAUGUGGAUAACAGACAAUAAAAACAAUAUUAAAUAUGAAAUCACUCAAGUUAAUUAUGCACAGGAGGCUGCCACAUCCACCCAGUCCGCCUCAUCAGACAGCUCCAGUGAAGAAAAAAUGAUGAUUACUAUUAGUACCUCAGAAGCCGACGAGCUGAUUAUAGCCGAUCCUCUCGAUAGCUGAGCUUCCAUUUAUUUAAUUGGACCUGAACGUCCCUUGUAAAGAAUUGUUGAGUUAUGUUUGAAAGUUGUACAUAAAAUCACUAUAUAAGUUUCUACUCUGAAUAUAGUCUAUUUUUGCAAC